AUGAAACAGUUUCAAACGCCAAAACAAACUGCUAAUAACAUUACAAAUGGCAACAUUAACAACGUAAAUGCCAACGCCAACAGUUCUACAUCUACAUCUGCAACCGCAACAUCUCCUAAUCAUAAUGCCAAUAGUAGUAGUAGUAAUGCAAAUGUUUCAACUCCAAAAUCAAUUCAUGGAGAUCAUCCACAUAGCUCAUUGAAUUCUCCAAAUGCUGGGACAUCAAGAUCAAGAACUGAUAGUCCUCGUCGACAAAUUCAUCCUUUACCUGAUAAACCAAAGCAAAAGGAACGUGAAAAGGAACGUGAAAGAGAUCGUGCUGAGAAAAAAG